AUGCUGGAAGAACAAGAGGCUUCUUAUGUUGAGCUGCUGCUGCUGCUGCAGCAGCAGCAGCAGAACCCCAAAGUCCUGCUUCCGGUGCUGCAGCUCGUGCUGCAGUGCAGCGGGGACCCCGACUUCAUCCGCUUCCUCAUUAGUGGCCUUGCUUCCACCAAGGAGCACCAAAACAAGCAGCAGCAGCAGCAACAGCAGCAGCAGCAGCAGCAGCAGCAGCAGCAGCAGCAGCAGCAGCAGCAGCAGCAGCAGCAGCAGCGGCAAGCUGUUGUGCAGGGGCUGCGCCGCCUGCUGCGGCUCGUAGGCGGCAAAGACGGCAGCCUUUCUGCGCUGAGCACAGAAAUCCUAAUUAACUUAACAGCAAACGAAACCCUGGGUAAGCUAAACCCUAAACCCUAA